CUCCGGUGUAGCGGCUGAACCGUUUCCAGGAAGUCACGUUUCGGCGUUCAGCUCGUUGGAACUCAGUUUGAUGCAACGGGAAUGGAGACGCUGAACUUCCGGAUGUGAUCGGACCCGUUCAGAGGAUUUUAUUCGAGUAUCGGUCUGCAAUUUCGGGGAGAUGAAUGGAGAGGUGAGGAGGAGGACCGGGCAACGCGGACACAGACAUGACAGACGCAGAUGGACUGAGCAGCCCGAGAGUAACCUGGGAGCCGCUGGGAGGGAAGGUACCUCGCAGUCUGAACCUGGAGGUGAGGACAAUGGACCUCUCAAGAGGAUUACCGCCUUGUGGUCUUCGUUCCGCCGAGGGAAAGGAAACCGGAUGAAGGCUGCAGCAGCUCCAGAAGCGGAGGACCCUCAGACGGAGGAUGGAGCAGCCAGGGAGCAGCGAUUCUACAGCAGCCAGCAUUUCUUUGAGUACCUGGUGGUGGUCAGCCUGAAGAAGUCUCCCGAUGGAAACUACCAGCCUCAGAUCACCUACCAGUUCCCCAAGAAAGACGGGAUGGUGAGGUUUCAGAAAGAGGAGGAGGAGAAGACGCUGAAGGCCAUCACUCUGUUCUGUUUCCCGGAGGGCAUCAACUGGGCUCCCCUGACAGAAUACCACAGUGAGACCUUCUCAUUCGUUCUCACGGAGGUUGACGGCAGCAGACGGAACGGAUACUGCCGGAGGCUACUGCCCAACGGGAAAGGAGCCCGGCCCCCCGAGGCGUACUGUAUCAUCAGCCGGCUGGCUUGUUUCGGUCUCUUUUCCAAGAUCUUUGAUGAGGUUGAAAAACGCCGUCAGAUCUCCAUGGCCAUGAUCUAUCCUUUCAUGCAGAAGCUGAGGGAGGCUCCAUUCCCCGCACCAGGAAACACGGUGGAGAUAAAAAGCUUCAUCCCCGAGUCCGGCACUGAGAUCAUCAGUCUGACUCGGCCGUUGGAUUCGUGGAUGGAGCAUGUCAACUUUCACACACUUUUCCACUGCCUGACAGAUGAAGAGGUCCUGCAGGUGUUCGCUGCCACGGUCCUGGAGAGGCGAAUCGUCUUCAUCGCCAACGAACUGGGCACCUUAUCCCAAGUCAUCCAUGCUGUAGCCACCCUUCUGUACCCCUUCGCCUGGCAGCAUACUCUCAUCUCCAUCGUCCCGGAGAUCCUCAUUGAUGUGGUGAUGGCCCCGACGCCCUACCUGCUGGGGGUUCAGAGACGUUUACUGGAUCAGGUCACCGAACAAAGCGAUGUGAGCGAUCUGCUGGUGGUGGAUCUGUCUGAGGAGAAGGAGAGCACGUUCAUUGUUUCAAUCGGCGAUGAAAACUCUAUUCUGCCCCCUAAGCUUCAAGAGGAGAUACUACAGGCACUAAGCAACAAAAAUGGGAAAACAAGUGUGGAAGACUUCAACAGCGUGGUUUCAGAAGCCUUCCUGCCUUUCUUUGUGAAGACAGUUGGCCAUUAUGCCUCCUAUGUGAAACGAUCUCGUAAAAGUGAGAAAGGGACGUUUGAGAAAAGGAGCUUCUACAAGGCCAUCGAGUCCAAGACGACUCGGCACUUUGUCAAGAAGUUCAUGCAGACGCAGAUGUUUGACCUCUUCAUCCAGGAAGUGGAGCAGCAGCAGCUGGGACCGCAGCAAGGAAUAUUCAAUAAAAAGAUUCUCGAAUUCCAGAAUAAGGAAAAGCACAAGACAAAGAAGACGUAACCACUCUGUGAAUACACUGAACGAGGCCAUCUUUGUAAAUAGGGGAUUUAAAUACAAAGGAUGUGAACUUUCUUGAUGUCAGUGUAAUUGUUGUACUCGAUGUCCUAUUUCAUGUACAGGUUUUAUUGGGAUUCUAAUUCAGUGGUCUACUGAAUGUUGCUGCUACGUUAUGAAACAUGCUGGAGGCCAAAAUCAGGUUUCGUCAUUAAUAUAUUUCGUGAAUCUGUUCAAGUCUUUCGCCAAAGUAUAAAACUGUCACUGAAUACGACCAGAAUGUUUUUAAAAAUAAAGGUUUCUAAUUUAU